GUAUACUCGACUAUGAAGCCGGCCGGUCACUUCGCGCCGCGCUUUCUCAUUUUAUCCGCGAUACUUGCGCACGUGGACACGCCAUACGGAGCUCUGCGACGUGACAGACCGCACCAGAGGGUCAGAGGAAGGCCAACUUCGAGGAGUACGACGCGAAGAAACGCGAGAAUGCCCAGAAGAUCGUCGACCUCAAGAGGAAAGUCAAGGAACUUUACGCGAAAUACGCGAAAGUGAAAAAUGUAACGUGCGCUGCGCGAGAGAUGAAGAGGCGAUGGAGCGCGCGGCACUGUUGAGCCGCGAUUCUAUAUCUUGCGCAAGUAAACGUAAUCUGGAGGAGAUUAUAGGCACGGCGAGCGAGAAUAAUGUACGUCUAAGGAAGAAAUUGGAUCUAAUCAAGUAUCAGCGUGAAAAGCACGAAGAGACUUUGAAUACUUUGCAAACGGAAAGUAAAGAAUUGACGCACGGACGCAGUCGUAGCGUGUCCAAGAAGAAGACCGAAAAUCCGAUGAAGAAGAAGAUCGAGAGUCUGGAAGUACAGCUGGAGCACAUUCGAAUGAUGCAAAUUAAAGCGAACAUCGCGCGCAUGAAGUACCGCUCCGUCUGCUCCGAGUUGCGGGAGAAAUCGGUGUUUUACGCUUCCUCGUUGAAGGAUCUGGAGGACGCCAUCAGGCAGCAAGAGAUCGAGAUCAAGCGCUUACAGGGGGUGAAAGAGGAGGCCAUAGAGCUGAGAGACAGCACUCAGGAGACCUUGGCGAAGGAGGAGAUCGAGGAAACGAAUUCCAGCAAAAGGCGCGAUUCCGUGAUUAAGGAAUAUAGGCAGCGCGUGUCAGAGCGCAAAAUGGAACUGGAGCGGCUGGAGCGUAUGAUAUUCCACACUAGGCCGCGCGACGAUUUCGAAACACAUGAGAAAAAUGACGUGCAUGCGAAGGAGGGUAUGAUCAAGGACGAGCUGACAUGGCUGGAGGAGGCAUUCGCCAAGCUGCGGAACGCCACCGGAGUGUCCAGGUCGGAGGAAGUUCUGAACCGGUUUCUGGGUCAGCAGGCGACCAAAGACAGCCUGCAGAAAAUGCGCACCGCCACCGAGCAAGAGAAAAUGGUGCUGGAGAGGAAGAGACAGGAACUUAGUGCCGAAAUAGAGAUGAGAAAAUUCUCGGAGACAAAGAGCGCCGAACAGAAUGCAGAGGUAGUGGCGAAACUGAAUUCACAGAUUGACGAACAACGAAUUCGCAAGGAGAGAGCCGAGGCGGCGAGUCGACGAAUCGACGAGCUCCUCAACGAAGUAACCGGUACACUGCGCAAACUGUGUGAGAAGUUCCAGCAUAUUGCAGAUAGUCCUCUGCCCGAGGAUACCAAAAUGGAUGAUCCUUUAGAGAUUAUCGAAUUUUUAAACGGUAAAAUAAAAUUUGGGCUUGAUAUUUUAAGCGUUUCUGAUAAAUAUCUCGAGACAAUGGACGAAGUAUUAUUGGACAAGAUGGAAACAAUGUCGGUAACUACGACUUCGAUGGAAGGCAGAACAAUGCGUGCAAACGGGGGCCCAUUGUUUCCACGGUUUCCACCGUGCGCGACCCCGGCUGCUGCAUUGUCGGAAGACGAGGAGGAAGUGCCGUCUAGAAACGUAUUAAAGCGACAAGCACAAUUGCUCGUCGAUACCAAAAGCCGUCGCAAAGGGUUCGUCUUCAAGAGAUAAGUUGCUCGAGCAUAAGAACAAGCUAAAUCGCGUGUCGUUAAAUUCAGUCUUUCUUCAGCUUUAGGCAACAAAUGUAUAUGUGUAACUGCUUUUUGUACUUUGUUGUAAAUUAUUGUAAUAUAAUUUCUACAUUUCCUGCGUUGCACACAACAUACCGACAUUUUCGACUGUUUCGAUGCGAAUGUUUUAUAAUUAGUG